AUGUCAAACCCAGUGGUCACCCAUCAGCCCGGCGCAGGCGGCUAUGGGACGAAUGUCCAGACCGGAGACUGGAGCACCGGCUUGUGUUCCUGCUGCAGUGACUGUCUGGUCUGUGCUAUUGGUUUUUGCUGCCCAAUUGCUCUGAGCUGCUACACAGCAAAUAAGUAUGGAGAAAACUGCUGCUUGGGUUGUUUGCCAGGAGGGAUGACUGCCAUGAGGACUCAUAUGAGACUGACGUAUGGGAUUCAGGGGACAAUAUGCAACGACGCCCUCAUGACUUUCUUUUGCAGCCCUUGUGAAACGUGCCGUAUGGCGAGAGAAAUUCGCAUCAGGAAUGGAGAAAUUUCACUGUAACCACAUUCGAGGACGUCCUGCUGUCGUGGAAGUGAAUUGUUGAUUUCAACAGUAGCUCAUAUUGAAAACAAAGACAGGGAAGCUGAUCAAAUCGAAAGCACAAUUUGCAUUGCUAUAAAUAAAUUGCAUCGUCCA